AUUAAAUGGGACGUUAUGUCGUGGACGCCCGAUGGUUACGUGGCAGUCAUCGCUUUGAGCAACUUCCAAAUGUUCAGGCACAUCCCGAGCCCCGGGUGGACGUUGGGAUGGACGUGGGCAGGCAAAGAGAUUAUAUGGUCCAUCGUGGGAGCUCAGGCGACCGAUCAAGGAGAUUGCUCAAAAUUCAAGGGAAACAUCCCUCACUCUUGCGAAAGAAGCCCCGCUAUCAUCGACUUGCUUCCAGGAGUGCACGACAAUCAAAAGUACACAGACUGCUGCAAGGGAGGCGUCGUCACGUCGUGGGGUCAAGACCCUGCAGCUGCAGUUUCAUCCUUUCAGGUCAGUGUCGGGCUCUCGGGUACUUCAAGCACUUCUGUGAAACUUCCCCGGGAUUUUUAUCUGCUCGGGCCUGGACUGGGCUAUACAUGCAGUGGCGCAACCAUCAUGCCACCCUCGGUGUUCUUGUCGGCCGACAGACGGAGAAGAAAUCAAGCCAUGAUGUCAUGGUACGUGACUUGUACUUACUCGCAAAUGAUCGUUUCCAAGAACCCGACCUGCUGCGUUUCCUUUUCCUCUUUCUACAACCCUAUGAUCACGCCCUGUCCAUCUUGUGCCUGUGGCUGUGAAGGAACAGCUAACUGCAUCGGGAGCCGGAGCCAGAUUCAGAGUGUGGUGGGAUCACAACCGUCCAUUGCAGGCGACGCGCCUUUGCUGCAGUGCACGAACCACAUGUGUCCUAUCCGGGUACAUUGGCACUUCAAGGCCAACUAUAAAGAAUACUGGAGAGUGAAGAUCACAGUCACCAGUUUCAACUACGGGAUGAAUUAUACACAGUGGACACUCGCUGCGCAGCAUCCGAACUUCAACAACAUCACUCAAGUCUAUAAAUUCGACUAUAAGCCACUCAACGUGUUCGGUUCCCUCAAUGACACCGGGAUGUUUUACGGCAUAAAGUACUACAAUGACCUACUAAUGCAAGCAGGGCCAGAAGGAAAUGUUCAGACGGAGAUGAUUCUUCGAAAAGAUAAGAGUACUUUUACAUUGGAUCAGGGUUGGGCUUUUCCUCGAAAAGUCUACUUUGAUGGUGACGAGUGCACGAUGCCACCUCCUGAUAAAUACCCUUCUCUACCAAGCAUAGCUCCUUUGAAUCUUUCUAUGGCUUUGGCCUUGGCUUUCUUCCUGAUCUUGGUACUGAUGGUACUGAUGCCACUGAUGCUCUGA